AGGGGAAAAAAAGAAAAGAGAGAGAGAGAGAGAAAGGCGGAAAGCGGCAAAAUGGGUAGCGGGUGACAUCACCGUCAUUUGCAUAGGCGCGGGGAUAAAACCGCCCCGCCAGCGAGCCCUCUUUAUACUGGCGUGAGGAUCGGCGGCAGCAGCGAGCGGCGGGCUGAGCAUCACCGCGCGGCGACACCGAGUCACCUGCCAACAUGUCCGACAAACCAGACAUGGCUGAGAUCGAGAAAUUUGACAAGUCCAAAUUGAAGAAGACAGAGACGCAAGAGAAAAACCCGCUGCCUUCAAAAGAAACAAUUGAACAGGAGAAGCAAGCGGGUGAAUCGUAAUGAAAUCUGCCCUUCCAAAUUAUGCACUGUACAUUCCACAAGCAUUGCCUUCUUAUUUUACUUCUUUUAGCUGUUUAACUUUGUAAGAUGCAAAGAGGUUGGAUAAAGUUUAAAAUGACUGUACUGCCCCUUUCACAUCAAAAGAAUAGAGAGAACUACUGACACUGAAUGAAGGCGCUGCCUUUCCCUCUGCCUGUCUGGCUUUGGUCCUGGUGGCAUGAAAGAGCUUGCAUGUUGAUGAAAGAAGAACUUGGGUGGGACUACAGUAAACUAGAGUAACACACGAGUAAAUGCAAAGCUGUACCAAGGUCCUGCGAUCUGUAAAAUGCAGUUAAUCGAGUGCCAUUUUUUUUUUUUGUUCAAAUGAUUUUAAUUAUUGGAAUGCACAAUUUUUUUAAUAUGCAAAUAAAAUGUUUUAAAACCUGGA